GACGCCUAUAUGGCUGCUGCUGUCGACACCAAGGGCACCGAGAUACUCUACCAGUAUUUCCGCGAUCGUGAACUAAAGCGAAUUGAAAUAUUGAUCCAGAAUAAAGCGGCUACUACAAUCCAGGCUGCUUGGCGUGGCUAUGCAGUCCGGAGGACGUUGGCUCAGCAUGUCUGCACGUGCAUUUGCACUCUGGAUAACAAAGAUGAGGAGGAAGCUAAACAACGGGAAGCUGCUGCUCGUACUAUACAGCGGUUCUUCAAGAAAAUGCUUUUACGGCAGUCAAUUAAACCGAUGGGUGAUCCGUGUGAGGAAAAAGAAACUCCGAGAGGUAGCAUAUCAGCAGCUGCUGGUGCCCCAACUGGACCUCCAACGGAAACUAUUGCUGCAACUGUUGAUGAAACUGAGGCGACAAAAAUAAAGAUAGCUGAUGAAGACGCCACUGCAAUCUCAACAGACGAAGCUUCGCCUGCAGCUGCUGAAGAGACGCCACCAGCAGAUGCCGGCGAAGUUAAGCAGGAAGUUACGCAAGAUGAAGCUCCCAUAGAAACUGUCACGAUUGAAGAAUCUCAUGAGACACAACCUCCUACUGAGGUUGAAACAUCCGCAGAGCAACCUCCGCCAACUGAAGAAGCGGUAGCACCAGAACCUCCAGCUGAAAACGCAGAGCCGCCAGCAGCUGCCGAAGAGCCCGCUGCAGAAGCCACCGAAGAAGCUCCGCCUGCCGCAGAAUCAUAAAUGGAACGUUGUUUUUAAUGUUAUAACUUUUAAUCGCUCAUAUAAGUUUGUGAUCUUCUGCUUGUAAAUUAGUUUAACGUGUAAUUCAAUAUGUGAAUGAAUAGAUUAUGUUAUAUUCA